CUCGGGACCCAUAUUAGGGUAAUUUCGUAUUGAUCAGAGAUAUAGGCAGCUCUGUCCUACAGUCCUCCACUAACUGAGAUCUAACAGAGGUAGAAAAUAGUGCCUUAAUGGCCGCUUGGCUAUUCGAGAACAUAUUCAGAUGAAUAUUUGGGCAAAAAUUAAAAGAUUUAUCUAAAUUGACAUAUGUAGUUGGGUUCGCCUUACAUUCCCGGGGUUCUAGCAACAUGACCGAUUGAAGCCAGGAGCCGAAUUUCCCAGUAAAAGAGUUCAAAAUAAAAUGGAAAAGUCUGCAGGAUAGGUACCGACGGGAAAAAAAUGUUGAAGAUCGUCCAUCUGGCUCUUCCCAAAAGUUGGGUCCACCUUGGAAAUACCGAGAAAGCCUUGAGUUUCUAGCGGACUCAAUGGAACCGGCCAGCACAACCUCGAAUGUCUUUGAAGAGGACGAAGCUACUGUGGAGUGGUUACAUGGCGAGAACUCUAAUCCUUCGCCGCAAACACCCACACUAAAACGCAAAAAUUACCUUAUGACGGAAAUUUUAACGGCGAUGAAAAGCAAGUAUGGGGAGGAGUCAACGCCGGCUAAAAAAGACAAAUACGAAAAUUUCUUUGCCUUGCUAGGCGAAAGGCUAGAUCGACUCCCUGAGCAUGAGGUUGACGAAGUUCAGGUGGAGAUUUUGCAAUUGGUUAACCGUAAAUUAAAUAAACACUAAUGUUAUUAGUAUUAAGUCAUGCUUGUACUGUAGUUAAUUUUUUUACAAUAUUUGCGAAGGCAUUUUAUGCCAAAUCCUUUUCGUAAACUUUGUUUAAAAAUAUAGUCCAAUGUAUGUAUGUAUGUAUGUACAGCAGUGUUCACAAUAAUAGCAGCAAUAAUGUUUUGAACUUAUGCUUAUUAAUUUGUUAUUAGUAACUUUCAUUUAAAACACAGUUCGAUCUAUAACAGGAACCACAUAAAUGCAAGUUUCAAACUUGCACAUUUUUUGUGACCAUUGUGAACACUGCUG